AAGAAUAUCAAAAAUCAAAAUCAGUAAGGGGCACGAUAACAUCAGUAUACCUUGCUCCGACACACUGCAUCCCCAUCUAGCCGCCCCAGAACAUCCGCUGCUCCGCCGCCGCACUUCUCCGGAACUAAGAAAUUCCCAGCAGGCGUAGCUUUGGCCUUCUAAUAAACCUCAAGAAAUGGCUAAUUCAUGUAUGGCUACAACUUCAAUCUCGAAAUUUAACCACUCAAUCUUCUCCUCCAAGUCUUCUUCGUCUUCCGAGCGCAACUACUCUCUUUCUCUUCCCUUUAAACCCCUUUCUUCGAGGAAAUUGAUUGCGGUUGGUGUAGUGAAGAAUCCUGGUAAAAUUGGCACGGCUAAAGCUGUGUAUUCCGGAGCGCAUUGGAAUACAGUGAAUGUUCCGAGGCCUGGGGUUUGGUCUAUCAGAGAUGACUUGCAAGUUCCCUCAUCCCCAUAUUUUCCUACAUAUGCACAAGGUCAGGGUCCACCUCCAAUGCUGCAAGAGCGAUUCCAGAGUGUGCUUAGUCAGUUGUUCCAAUAUAGGAUUAUAAGAUGCGGUGGAGCAGUUGAUGAUGAUAUGGCGAACACUAUUGUGGCUCAGCUUCUUUAUCUUGAUGCAGUAGAUCCCACCAAGGACAUUGUUAUGUAUGUCAACUCUCCAGGAGGAUCAGUUACAGCAGGUAUGGCCAUCUUUGAUACCAUGCGGCACAUCAGGCCUGAUGUCUCUACAGUUUGUGUUGGACUUGCAGCAAGUAUGGGAGCUUUCAUUCUCAGUUCUGGCACAAAAGGAAAAAGGUAUAGCUUGCCAAACUCGAGAAUAAUGAUUCACCAGCCUCUGGGUGGUGCACAAGGUUCACAAACUGAACUAGAUAUACAGACAAAUGAGAUGCUUCAUCAUAAAGCUAACCUGAAUGGGUAUCUUGCAUACCAUACUGGUCAGAGCCUGGAGAGGAUUAAUCAGGACACGGAUCGUGACUUUUUCAUGAGUGCAAAGGAGGCUAAAGAUUACGGACUCAUAGACGGUGUCAUCAUGAAUCCAAUGAAAGCCCUUCAACCACUCGCUGCAGCUUAAUCCUUAGCACCUAUCAGGUUUGUCAUCGUCACACAUUAACUAUCUUGAAAUGGUGUAGUUUAGAUUACCGUGUGAGUGAACGAAUUAUUGUUGUACUUGAUGUAUUGUUUCCAUAUUGUCAUCACAGACUCUGUUCUCUGUUUUUUCUUGCAUGUAAUCAAAUUUGCCAUAUUGGUGAAAGCUUUUAAUGU